UAGACGCAGCGCUUAUAUAUACCAAGCUAGUGUAUUCCCAGCCUUCACACCAAGCUAGGUUAGCGAAAAUGGCUGUGCCGUUACUCUCGAAGAAGAUCAUAAAGAAGCGGGUCAAGAGGUUCAAGAGGCCACAGAGUGAUCGCAAGAUCUCCGUGAAGCCAAGCUGGCGGCGACCCAAGGGUAUAGAUUCUCGAGUCAGGAGAAAGUUCAAGGGAUGCACUUUGAUGCCAAACAUUGGUUAUGGAUCAGACAAGAAGACUCGUCACUAUCUCCCAAAUGGUUUCAAAAAAUUUGUUGUUCACAAUGUGAAGGACUUGGAACUGCUCAUGAUGCAUAACAGGACUUACUGUGCUGAGAUUGCUCACAAUGUAUCUACAAGAAAGAGAAAGGACAUAGUUGAAAGAGCUGCGCAGCUUGAUGUUGUUGUGACAAACAAAACAGCCAGGCUCCGCAGCCAGGAGGAUGAAUAGUCGGCAUGACUGGAGACGUCACUUACGUUUUGUAGUGAAUCUAGUGAUCUAUAGCUAGACUUUAAACGUUAGAUUUUGAUCAUUUUUAUUUAUUUUGUCAAAAAGAUGUAGCAUAAUAUACGAUUAAUAUGUUGCUUUGGUUUUACUC